GCAGGGGUACAGUCCACCGUACCAACCAACCACAACCGCCAAUCCGCGAACAUCUGGCUUCAAGCUCAGCGCGGCUCCGCGCUCCCAGACUCCACGAAACCGACCUCCGGCGCGGAUACCCAAGGUGCAAGCCUAUACCAACCUCUCUCCUUUUCCCUCCCUGGGACCGCCAAUCAUUCGUCUUCUCCGCGACCGCACACUCCGACCUCUCCUCCAACAACGAACAGUCCUCAACUCUCACCACUCCCAGCAAACACACACACACAGCGCACAACCGAAACCGCAACCAUGCUCGGCCUCUCAUCACUGGCGCCGCGCCAACUAGCGACGCAACUCCUCAACUUCGCCCUCGUCCUCUCGACGGCCUUCAUGCUCUGGAAGGGCCUCUCCGUCGUCACCGAUUCCCCUUCCCCCAUCGUCGUCGUGCUGUCGGGAAGCAUGGAGCCCGCGUUCCAGCGGGGGGACCUGCUGUUCCUGUGGAACCGGGGGCUGGAUACAAAAGUCGGCGAGAUUGUCGUGUAUAAUGUCAAGGGCAAGGAUAUCCCGAUUGUGCAUCGGGUGGUGAGGAGAUUUGGGGGAGGGGACUCCCCCCUACGCCUCCUCACAAAAGGCGACAACAACAUCGCCGACGAUACGGAGCUGUACGCACGGGGCCAAUCGUUCCUCAACCGCAAGGAGGACGUCAUCGGCAGCGUCGUCGGGUUCAUCCCGUUUGUGGGCUACGUCACCAUCCUGCUGAGCGAGCAUCCGUGGUUGAAGCAGGUGAUGCUGGGCAUGAUGGGGUUGAUGGUGGUGCUGCAGCGGGAAUGA